CAUGUUGGAGAAGAAAGGGACAAGGAAAGAGAGAGGGACAGAGAGAAAGAGAGGGGAAAAAAGAGAAAAAUAGACUUCUCUGAGACAUCUGCGGGAUUACUCUAAUAGUGUGUUUGGGUGUGUGUGUGUGUGAGUCUGUAUGUGACUUUUCCUGGACAUGGAUACCCCACUGACCACCCCACUCCUCCUCACCCUCCUCCUCCGCUCCCUCUCCCUCAUUCAUGGGGCCAUGGACUCCUGCUACGAUGACAACGAGGGUGUCCCAAGCCGCUGCAUGCCCAAGUUUGAGAACGCAGCCUUCAACCGCACGGUCAUGGCCUCUAACGUGUGCGGUUCACCCCCGGAGGACUACUGCAUGCAGACGGGCUCGACGCGGUCCUGCCACCACUGUAGAGUUUCGGACCCGGGCCUCAACCACAACGCCAGCCUGCUGACGGACUUCCACACGGAUGAGGAACCCACCUGGUGGCAGAGCCAGUCCAUGUUCGACGGAGUCCAGCACCCUAACUCUGUAAACCUCACCCUGCACCUCAGCAAAGCCUUUGAGAUCACCUACGUGAGCCUCAAGUUCUACACCAGUCGACCGGAGAGCUUUGCCAUCUACAAGCGAACAAGUGAGGAUGGACCAUGGAUCCCCUACCAGUACUACAGCGCCUCCUGUACCAAGACCUAUGGGAAGAACGACAAGGGAUACAUUCGCCCGGGGGACGAUGAGAGGAUGGCAGUCUGCAACGACGAGUUCAGUGACAUCUCCCCUCUGACCGGGGGCAAUGUGGCCUUCUCUACCCUGGAGGGACGACCCAGCGCAUACAACUUUGACCAGAGCGCCGUGCUACAGGAGUGGGUGACAGCCACUGACCUGCUCAUCUCUCUGGACAGGCUCAACACAUUCGGAGAUGAGUUCUUCAAUGACGACAAGGUGCUGCGAUCCUACUUCUACGCCAUCUCUGAUUUCUCCGUAGGCGCCAGGUGUAAGUGUAAUGGCCAUGGCAGUGUGUGUGUGUUGGACGAGCAGGGGGCUCUGGUGUGUGACUGCCAGCAUCACACUGUCGGGGUGGACUGCCAGAGGUGUCACCCAUUCUACCAGGACAGGCCUUGGGCCAGGGCCACCGGAGACUCUGCCAACCAGUGUAUGAAGUGUAACUGCAGUGGGCAGGCAGAUGUGUGUGUGUUCGAUGCAGAGCAGUACCGCAGCACAGCAAGUGGGGGGCGCUGUGUAGACUGUAGGGACCAGACUGAUGGACCGCAUUGUGAACGCUGUAGAGAGAACCACUACCGACGGUCAUCACAGGACCCCUGCAGCCCCUGUGACUGUAACACCAUGGGUUCUGUGAGUCUGCAGUGUGGUGUGGAGGGGAAGUGUGAGUGCAGACCCACUGUGUCAGGGGUGAAGUGUGACACCUGUCAACCCGGUUUCCACUCCCUCAGCCCUGGCGGCUGCAGGUUGUGUGACUGUGACCGUAGGGGCAGUGUGGGCGUCUGCUCUGUGCUGGAUGGUGGCUGUCACUGCAGGGUUAACGUGGAGGGACAGGCGUGUGACAGGUGUAAGCCAGGCUCCUUCAACCUGCAAGAGAACAAUCCAGCUGGAUGUACGCCCUGUUUCUGCUUCAGACACUCAUUGGCCUGCAGAUCGUCUAAUCACCAUGCAGCUGUCAACAUCACAUCAGACUUUCUUGAAGACACAGAUGGCUGGUCAGGACAGUUUUCCGGGGGACAGGAGUAUCCUCUGCUGUGGAAGGAAGGGGUUGUCUACUUGCUACCACUCAGUGAGGAUGAUCUCGGCUUCUACAGAGCUCCAGAGAGGUUCCUGGGGAACCAUCUCCUGAGCUACGGCCAGCUCCUUUCCCUGACCUUCACGGCCGAGGACCAGUACCUCCUCCCUCACAGUGCCACAGUGCUCCUGGAAGGAUCGGGAACCACCCUGUCAGCUGACCUUUCACCCCAACAUGGACCUGUCCACCAUCCGGGCCUCGCUCCCCAGCACACCUUCACUCUCAGACUUCACAAGGAGGAGACGAGGCUGAGGCCUUCUUUGUCUGCCUUCCAGUUCCACCAUCUUCUCUUCAACCUCACUGCUAUACAGAUCAGCAACGCAGGAGGACACAACUAUACGUCCCAACUCUCAGGGGUAACCCUGGCUUCCGCUGCCCCCUUCUCCAGUCCUGUUAUCCCCUCUACCCCUCCUGCACUCUGGGUAGAGCUGUGUACAUGCCCUUCUGGAUUUGGGGGUCAGUUCUGUGAGCUCUGUGCCCCAGGAUUCAGCAGAGAGGUCCCUAACGGAGGACCCCUGUUUCCCUGUGUGCCUUGCAACUGCCACCAGCAUGGGCCAUGCCACCCUGAGACAGGUGUGUGUGUGUGUAUCGACUUCACCACAGGACCAACCUGCGAGCGUUGUCUGGGCGGUUACUAUGGUAAUGCGUUGAUUGGCACGCCCAAUGACUGCAGACCUUGCCCCUGCCCGGACCGUACCAGCUGUGCUCAAAUGAGCACGGGAGAGGUGGUCUGUACCAACUGCCCUUCAGGACAGAGGGGCAUCAGAUGCGAGAUGUGCGAGGACAGUUUCCACGGCGACCCCCUGGGCCGGUCAGGGCCGGUUCAACCGUGUGAGAACUGCGACUGUAACGAUAAUGUGGACCCCAACGCGCUGGGCGUGUGUGAUCACAUGACGGGCUGUUGCCUGAAGUGCCUGGGACACACCGAGGGAGACCAUUGCCAACGCUGCCGACAAGGUUACUAUGGGGACGCCCUGGACCGCACUGUGGCCCAGAAGUGCAAACGCUGCGGCUGCAGUCCUGCAGGGACUUCUGGGUCGUUGGAGGACUGUGACCCCCAGACAGGAAGUUGUCUGUGCCUUAGUCAUGUAACCGGGCGAGACUGUGGUCAGUGCGAGGUGGGCUUCUUCAACCUGCAGUCUGGAGUAGGCUGUGAGAGGUGCACCUGUAACCCCAUUGGCUCAUCAUCCAUGGCUUGCCACCAAAUCACAGGCCAGUGUGUGUGUCAGCUGGGACUGGAGGGGCGGCUGUGCAGCACAUGUCCUAUGGGCUUCUAUGGUUUUCUCCUGCACGGGGCUGCAGAUGCCUGUAAUUGCGACCCAAUGGGUUCCAGCUCCAUGCAGUGCCACACCAACGGCACCUGUCCCUGCCGCCAGGGCUUCGUGGGGUACAAGUGUGACCAAUGUGAGCUCAACUACUUCCACAACAAAGCCACACACCAGUGUGAGGAGUGCCACGUCUGCUAUGGGCUAGUCAAGGAGCAGGCAGGGAGGCUGAAUGCUCGGCUGCAGCAUUUGGAGAAUCUCCUAGCACGCUUCGACUGCCGGAGUGGCUACGGGAACCCCCAUCAUGUGCGGGAGUAUCACAUGCGACAGCUUCACGAGCGACAGCAUCACGAGCGUGGGCAUCAGGGGGAGGACAGCCUGCCCAAUGCGCUGGAGGACUUCCUGGCUAUCCAAGAGGCAAAGGAAGCCUUGGUUAAACAGUUUGCUCUCAUGGAGAUGUCUACACACACUCUCUCAGCCCAGCUGCACAAUGUUACUCCAGCUAUGAACUGUAGUGCCAGCAUGGAAGAAGAGCAGGCGGAGGAGAAAAAGGAGAAGGGGAAGGAGGACGGGCGGAGAACAUUGUGUAGUACCCUUGGUGACGCUCUAUCAGUGGUCAGAAGUGCACAGACACAGCUGAAGCAGGCAACACUGGACCUGGACAACAUGGUCAUUCCUUUCGAGGUGCCACCGGUGCCCAACCGAUGGAACUCAGCGGUGAACCAAUCAGAGGUCCUUAUGAAAAGCCACACAGAGAUGUCUGGUCAUAUAGAGUCUAUAGCUACCAAGGCAUUCAUGGCCUCCAACCAGACCUACUCUCUACUGAUGGACCUACUGGAGGACAACUCUACAAAGGAAUACAUCAGCAACCUCACAGAGCAACUGGCAGACAUGCAGCAGAUAAUGGAGAAUCUGACUGACCAAGUGAAUAGGAUUCUAGCCAAUAAAUUGUCUCUGGAGGAGGAGUCUGCUGAUGUCUUGGUUGCCCUAGGAAACCUCACCUCCUCCCUAUUGGAGCUGUCCCAGAGGAGGCCCAAAUCCACAUCAGGAACCAACCAAUCAGAACUCAGACCAACACAGGGUUACAACCAAUCAGACCCCAGCCUCGCACCGGCUGCCAAUCAAUCAGAGGAUGUUGAGCUAAGCAACAGGACAGCUGAGCUGGCGUUUAAUGUCCUGUCUAAAGAGGAGCUGGUCAAUAAGAUCAGAGAGGAGAUGGAGCCUCGCAUACAGACCGCUCACAACAACAUGGCUGCUGUAAAGGAUAUUUACAAGCUGACAGCUCAUGCCCAGGGGUCAAAGGUCCUGGCCCUGUCAUCGGUGGUGACAGGGAAAGAAAUGGAGUCAGAGGUCAUCGCCCUGCGGAGAGAACUGGAAGACAUGCAGAGAGAGUGGCCUCGAAGGCAGGUCCAGACCAAGGCUGCUCUGAAGAAGGAGACGCUGCUGAGGGAGAAGGUUUUAGAAGAUAUCAAUAAGAAGGUGAACCAGACAGAGAGAGUCCUGAGGCCUGCCCUGGAUAACGCUACCCUCUCCAACGCUACCGCAGGACAGGCAGAACACACUGCACACUCCCUGUCUAAAGAGGCCAAGGCCACCCUGACCAAGGCCAAGCAUGCGAGGACAGCGUCUGCCCAGCUCAGCUCCUCUGUGGACACAGCCAUGCAGCAGCUGGCUGAGCUGGAGAACCACACUGCCCAGGCACAAGCUCAACUCAACCCUGUAGAGUCUCUGACCAGUGUGAAGGGGGACAUCCAGGCAGCUAAGUUUCAGCUGGAGGCCCAUUCACUCACACUCACCCAGCUCAUCAGUAACAUGGAUGGGAGCAUGGUGCUGGAGCAGUUUGACCGUAUCCUGAGUGAGACGGUGGUGCGGUUGGGUGUUCUGCGUGGCUGCGUGGAGAGCCUUGCCCUGAACGUGAAGAUCCAGACCCUAUGGUCAGCUGCCCAGGACCAGAAGAGCCAACUGACCCACCUGGAAAAGGACCUGCAGGAGAUAAGACAGGAGCGAGACAGUUUGAAGGACAUCACCCUGCACCUGCCCCAGACUUGCCCCCAGGCCUCGGGGAUAGAGGGACACUAGGACUGUGCUCCAGGAGGACACUAAAGUCGUAUUCCAUUCAUUUUACUCCCUCCCUGAAGUGCGCACACUCGUUCACUCAACCUCAAUGAUUUAAUAGAGGGUCUACCAUGUUUCUUACAGCAGGAAAAUUGGAAUUAGACUUAAGAAUGCUGAGCGGACUCGAAGUUCAGAUGGUGGGUAGGUCUCAGAUAUUUGAAUGCUUUAGGGGAGAUGUAGUCUGUUCCAAAUGGCACCCUAUAGUGCAUUACAUUUACAUUUACAUUUAAGUCAUUUGGCAGACGCUCUUAUCCAGAGCGACUUACAAAUUGGUGAAUUCACCUUAUGACAUCCAGUGGAACAGCCACUUUACAAUAGUGCAUCUAAAUCAUUUAA